AUGUGGGGGCUGCCAGCUGCCCUCCCUGCCCUGCCUCUGGAGCUGACUGUCCUCUACCACUCCCUGCUCUUCUCUGUGGGAGCAUCUGACUCUGCCAUCAAAGGAGAAGCAGAAGGAAUACGCCAGGGACUCCUCAGAGUUAUCAUGACCCUUAUGCUGUUUUUCUUGCCAUGGACUUAUCUGGACCUGGGGAAAGCUCAGUGCAGCCAGGGGGAGAAUGAACUUCUCUCCCUGCUCCAGACAUGGCGAGUGCCUGCUGAGGAGGCAUCCCUGCCCCUUGUUCAGAGCGCUGAGGACUUGAAACAGAUCCUCUGCACCACAGCAGCCUUCCUGCAAGGGCUUCAGGAGCUGGAGGCUGAGAACUUCCCUACUGCCCUCUCCUUCCUUCAGCAGGCUGCAGGAGGAUUCUGCUCCAAGAAGGCCUUGGCCCAGAUCUACACCUGCCUCGGCUGCUGUGCUCAGCGAAUGGGCAAGCCUCAGACAGCCCUUCAGCACCUAAAACGGGCACUCCAAGUGGACUUCCAGUGCCUUCCUGCCCUGUCCCAUGCAGCAGCAGUGUACCAUGAGCUGGGGGAGAUCGACGUGGAGCUGCAGGCCCUGGCUCUACUCUAUGAGGCUCUGGAAAAAAAGCCUCUAGCAGCUGCUUCCUCCAGCCCACAUUUCCUAAUGCGAACAGAGCUCCUCGUCCACACACCAGUACUAGCUUCUCUCCUUCACCCUCACCAACCCUCUGAAGUGAAGUACCUGCUGGCACAGCGGUGCCUGCAGGAUGGGAGAGUGGCUGAUGCAGUGGAACAUUACCUGGAUCUUCUGACUCUGCUUCAGGAGGGGCUGCAGCAGCAGGUGCCCCUGGAUGGUAGCUCAGCUCUGCCCAGGAUCCCUGAGGUGUUCCUGGAAGCAGCAUCUGCCUUGGAGCAGGCUGGGAGGCACCAGGAUGCCAUAACCAUGUGUGAAGAAGUCAUCAGCCGGACAACUGACCUGAUCCCACGGAUGUUAGUUGUGGAGGAGGAGCUGGAGCAGUCAGAGUGCCCAUCACCUGGGGCAGGGCUGGCAGGUGGUCUCCUGCCCCAGAAGAAGGAGAGUCUGCGCUGCCUUGCCUGGAGAGCAGCUGGAUACUUGCACCAGGGCUGGGCAUCGGCCAUGCUAGGCGAGAGCAAGGAGGCUCUCCUCUGUCCUCCCAUCUACAGGUGCCUCAGUGAUCUCUUGCGAGUCCAGCUUUAUGGGCCUGGUGUUGGACCAACAGAGAAUCUCCUACCAGAAGUGGACGUGCUCCAGAAGAUCAGGUUGCUCUGCCUCAUCGGGCGUGGGAUGCAGUUCCUGGAGCUGGGGAAGCACAAGGAAGCCUUGUUGGAUUUCCAGCACAGUUUGCAGGUCUCGCCAGGUAACCCAGCUGCUGCCUCUUACCUGGUGCAGACCCUGUGGAAGCUGAACCGAAAGCAGGAGGCAGCUGCUUGCUGGCAGAAGUUCUCCCAGAGCCCCCCUGGGGAGGAUGGGCAGCAAGGAAGGCCCUUCCCUUUGUACCUGGUGUCCUGUCUGCAGCAGGCAGUGUUCCCCCAUGGAGAAUCCCUGGCCAGCACCAUUCGGGAUUAUCUGGAGACCACAGACCUGGGCCCCUCCAGCUGA